AUGUUUGAUUUGAACAAUCUCCCGGACGAGGAAUACGAUGAAGAUAUUAUCAAUGAAACAUUGAAUAAUGAACCUUUUAUUGGUCAAACGUUUAACACUUUUCAAGAGGCAUAUCUUUUCUAUGAAAAUUAUGCCAAACAACAUGGAUUUACGGUUCGCAAAGAUCGGUCUCAUAAAAGAAAUGAUACGACAGUUAUACGUGAUAUUUGUUGUCAUCGUGAAGGAAAGAAGCGAUUAAAAUUAGUUGAUCUUUCUAAGAAUCAAAGAAAUAGGGGGUCAAUAAAAUGUGGGUGCAAUGCUCAUAUGUGUGUUACUUUGAAAAGGAGUUAUGAUAUAUUUCCUGAAGAAUGGCAUGUUACAACAUUUGUAAAGGAUCACAAUCAUGAAUUACUGUCACCCGAGGAAAUGCGUUUUCUUCCUGCUAACCGCAUUAUCACUCCAGAGGAUGAACAACAAAUUUUACUAUAUAAAGAGGCCGGGCUCAAUGUUCGACAGAUUAUUAAUGUAAUGGAACUUCAAAAACAAGUGAAACAUGGUGAUCUUUCUUUCCAAGAAAAAGAUGUUCAUAAUUUGUUUGCUAGAGUGAGAAGAGCACUUGGAGAUAAUGAUGCAAUGGACCUUAUGAAUUAUAUGAAAGCUUCAAAAGAAAAAAAUAAUAAGUUUCAAUAUGAUUACACGGUUGAUGAAGAUAUGAGGCUAGAAAACAUAUUCUGGUGUCAACCUCAAAGCUUCGAUUGGUAUGAAAAAUUUGUUGAUGUAAUUGUAUUUGAUACAACUUACAAGGUCAAUGCGUAUGACAUGCCAUGUGCACUUUUCGUUGGCAUUAAUAAUCAUGGAAAAACUGUUCUGUUUGCAAGUGUGCUUCUUCGUAAUGAGACUGUUAAAACAUUUACGUGGUUGAUGAAGACUUUUGUGUCCAUCAUGAAAAAACCAUCCAAGACAAUCAUUACAGAUCAAGAUCCAUGGAUGACGGAAGCAAUUGCAACCGAAAUGCCAACUACAAAACAUAGCUUUUGUAUAUGGCAUAUCACUUCCAAAUUUAGUAGUUGGUUUGCAGCUCUUUUUCGCACCGAGUACCAAAAUUGGUGUGGUGAUUUCUAUACACUUUAUAAGAUGACGUCUAUAGAAGAAUUCGAACAUAGUUGGCCAUUAGUUGUUGCAAAGUAUAACUUGCAAAAAAACAAUCAUGUGCAAGGCUUAUACAAAAUUAGGAAGUCAUGGGCUCCUGCCUAUCUUCGAAAUUAUUUUUUUGGUGGAAUGAAAUCAACUAGCAGAUUAGAGAGCAUUAAUGCUUUUAUUAAACGAUUUGUUUUCUCUCGCACAAGUUUGAGAGAGUUUGUUAAACAGGUUGAUUUAGCCGUUGAAGAAAUUGGAAUUCGCGAGGUGAAAGAUAAAAUGUCAAGUACACUUGCACUCGUUUCUUUAAAGACAAAAUCCCCGUUGGAAGCACAAGCUUAUGGAAUUCUUACACCGUUUGCUUUCAGCAAGUUUCAAGUUGAAUUUGAAAGAGCAAACCAGUAUUUGAUUGUACACGUUGAAGGUAACGACUUUAUUGUACGAUACUUUGACAGUGGAAAUCAUAAAAAUCAUAAGCAGAAAAAAAUGUCAACAACUACGGAGGAGGAUAAACGGAUAGCGACUAUUGCUGAUGGGAUAUAUACUUUUGUGUCCAUCAUGAAAAAACCAUCCAAGACAAUCAUUACAGAUCAAGAUCCAUGGAUGACGGAAGCAAUUGCAACCGAAAUGCCAACUACAAAACAAGCUUUUGUAUAUGGCAUAUCACUUCCAAAUUUAGUAGUUGGUUUGCAGCUCUUUUUCGCACCGAGUACAAAAUUGGUGUGGUUGAUUAGCCGUUUAAGAAUUGGAAUUCGCGAGGUGAAAGAUAAAAUGUCAAGUACACUUGCACUCGUUUCUUUAAAGACAAAAUCCCCGUUGGAAGCACAAGCUUAUGGAAUUCUUACACCGUUUGCUUUCAGCAAGUUUCAAGUUGAAUUUGAAAGAGCAAACCAGUAUUUGAUUUUCAAGAAUUUUGAGUUUUGGGAAAUACUUUGUCGUCAUAUAUUUCGGGCACUUCUUCACAAGGAUGUUUUAGAUACCGCCGAUAUACUUUCCUUUGCGUUGGAGUCAAGAUUCUUUUCAAGUGGUAGUGCAAUGCACCGUUAA